AUGGCAAAGAAGGCUACGAAUUGGAAGUUGUGGGGCAAGAUGAUGCUCGGCGGAGGAGCCAUCUGCGUUGGCGGCCCGGCCUUCACCAUGUGGGUGUCGCCGACGGAGGAGGAACUUUUCAAGAGAUACAACCCCGAGCUGCAGGCGAGGAGUCUGGCCAACCGCGAGAAGACGCAAGCCGAGUUUGACCAGUUUGUCACGAAGCUGAAAGAAUACUCCAAGUCAGACAGGCCAAUUUGGACGGUACGGGACGAGGAUAUUGAGAGACAAAAGGCAGCGCAGGCGUUCGAGCAGAGAAGAAAGGAAGCCGAGCUGAAGGCGCAACAAGCAGCAAUGAGGAGAGAGUCGGGGAUGUCGGAUGAUCUGGAUUGA